CGAGUCACGGGAUUUGUUGUUGUAGAAACUUCUGCGCGGUCGCGAAAUCAACAAGACAAUAGAAACACGGAAUAAUUUUUGUAAAGUUUUAUGAUUACAAAUUCAUGAUAAAAAAAACGACAAAUUUGAAUAAUAUGGUCACUUUAUCGCGUUGAAGUAGAUUAAAUUUAAUCUACCGGACUGCAGGUAGUAAACCCGGAAGUAGUAAUUCGGCAGGUGUGUUUAUUUACUUCCGGACACGAGAACCUGCAGAGAGAGGAGAUGAGAGUGGUGUGGGGCUCGUGGCUCAGUUUGAGGAGACUUGGUCAUGUGUUUUCUGUAGGCUCAGGCACACGCACCCUCACCUCAGCCAACAUGCGCCUGGUUCAGUUCCGCCGACGGGGAGCCGAAGGAAGUGCGAGGGUCGGUGUGGAGAGCGCGAACGGCGUCGUCGACCUGAAGGCGUUUGAUCAGACCGUCCCGUCCACCAUGAGAGAGUUCUUGGAGCUGGGAGAGAAGGGCAUAGAGUGUGCUCAGAGAGCCAUGUCCAGUGGCAAGUGUGUGCUCCCUCACACUGAUAUUCAGCUCCUGGCUCCGGUCACCGGCCCGGACAAGGUGGUGUGUGUGGGUAUGAACUACAGAGACCACUGCCUGGAGCAGAAUGCCCCCAUCCCCACUGAGCCCAUCAUCUUCAGCAAGUUCCCCUCCUCCAUCACGGGCCCCUACGACAACAUCCACCUGCCAACCAAGAGCCAGGAGGUGGACUGGGAAGUGGAGCUCGCCUUUGUGAUCGGAAAAAAAGGAAAGCACGUGAAGGAGGAGGACGCUCUCGGUCACGUUGCCGGCUUCACCGUAGCCAAUGACGUCAGCGCUCGUGACUGGCAGAUGAACAAUGGCAAGCAGUGGCUUCUGGGAAAAACAUUCGACACAUUCUGUCCACUAGGGCCUGCUCUUGUUACCACGGACGCACUGAAGGACGUCCACAAUCUGGGGAUCCGGUGCCUGGUAAACGGUGAUGUGGUUCAGGACAGCAACACCAGUCAGCUGAUCUUUAAGACGGAGAAGGUGGUGGCGUGGGUCUCGCAGUUUGUGACUCUGUACCCAGGCGACGUGUUUCUAACAGGCACACCUCCAGGAGUGGGCGUGUUCAGAAAACCACCCAUCUUUCUAAAGACAGGAGACGUGGUGGAGUGUCAGAUCGAGGGGAUCGGGUCCAUCCGAAACACAGUGGUGUGACUCCUGCACGGCUGGCUGACUUUUAUCUGAGCUACGUGGAUGGGGAAAAAAAUCAAAAUAAAUCACUUUCACAGUUGAAAUGCUUCAAUAUCUAGAUGUUUCUGAAAUCGUAAUCAGAGUCGUGUGCACUAGAAAUGAUUAAUCCACAGUGCAGGUGUUGUGAUCUUCCAGGAGAUGGAGCUCUGUUGAUUAUGUUUGGGGAGAAACACUACUGUAUUACCCCAUCACCCCCCUCUCCCCCGUGUGAAAUAAAAGAUUUUUCCCCCCCCAGA